UUCGUCUGGAGUCGUCAGUCCCUCUCAUCUCGGUCAACUGAAGAGAACUCGCAUUAUGGCUUCUCAGGCGGUGCUGCUGUGCGUGUGUGUGGCGGUGGGCGUGGCCAGCGCGGGCUUCCUUGGCUCCCCGGCCGUCUCCUACUCGGCGGCUCCCGCUGUCCACGCGGCCCCGGCGCUUCCAGGAGCGCUGGCGGCGGCCGGGUCUGACGCGGACUACGACCCGAACCCGCAGUACAGCUUCAGCUACAGCGUGAGCGACGCGCUGACGGGCGACGCCAAGCAGCAGCAGGAGAGCCGCAGCGGCGACGCCGUGCAGGGCAGCUACAGCGUCGUCGAGCCGGACGGCGCCGUCCGCACCGUGCAGUACUCGGCCGCGCCCGGCGCCGGCUUCAACGCCGUCGUCUCCCGCUCCGGCGGUGCACCCCCGCCUCCCGCGCCCGCCAGGGUCGCCGUACCCGCGCCUCUGCCCGGCCGCCUGGUGCCGCUGCCCGCCGCCCUGCCGCGGUUGGCGCCUCUGCCGCUCCCCGCCGCCCCCGCGGUCGUCAUCGCCAAGGCUCCCGCAGUGUUCGCCGCCCCCGCAGUAGUCGCUGCCCCCGCCAAGGUCGCCCCACCGCCCCCAGCCGCGCUGUACGGCGCGCCACUCAAGAGCUCGCACACUGCCGUCAGAACGUCACACGCCAGCUACCAGUACUGAGGAGCACCGUCCCGUCUUGUCUCUAAAUACUUCGGAGCAGCCGUAAAGUUGUAACAUAUUGUGUAAACUAUUUAAAAACUCAAAUAAAAACAACGAAUUUCCUUUGAAUA